ACUGGUGGUGCGCGCAUGUUGUUAUUGCUCUCGUUGAAAUUUGGUAUAAUCCCUAUAGCUGUCCCAGUGUGUGUCCGGGAUUUUGACAUUGAUGGUGAGCUUUGGGUCAAACUAAGAUUGAUACCAACACAGCCUUGGGUGGGAGCUGUAUCAUGUUCGUUUGUAUCACUUCCAAAGGUCACAUUUCAACUUGCAGCAUUCAGAUUGUUUAAUCUAAUGGGAAUCCCUGUUCUAUCAAUGUUCUUGACCAAACUGCUGACAGAGGAUUUGCCUCGAUUAUUUGUCCGACCAAAGAAAAUAGUCUUGGAUUUUCAGAAAGGAAAAGCUGUUGGACCUCUUUCAAAUGAUCUUAAAUCAGGAGAAAUGGAGGAAGGCAAUAAGGAUUUUGUUGGGGAACUAUCUGUUACACUUGUAGAUGCUCAGAAGCUUCGAUAUAUGUUCUCUGGUAAAACAGAUCCAUAUGCAAUUCUCAGAUUAGGGGAUCAAGUUAUCCGUAGUAAAAGGAACAGUCAAACUACUGUCACUGGGGCUCCUGGUCGACCAAUCUGGAAUCAGGACUUUCAAUUCCUAGUUUCAAAUCCUAAAGAGCAAGUAUUACAAAUUGAGGUCAAUGACCGUCUUGGCUUUGCUGAUAUGGCUAUUGGUACUGGAGAGGUUGAUCUCAGUUUACUGCAAGAUACAGUUCCUACAGACAGAAUAGUGGUUUUGCGUGGCGGUUGGAGUUUGUUUGGAAAGGGAUCUGCCGGUGAGAUACUGGUACGGCUUACAUACAAAUCAUAUGUGGAGGAGGAAGAAGAAGACAGGGCCAUUGUCAAACCCAUUGAUGCAAAUGCUGAUGAUGAUGAAAUGCCAUAUUCAGAAGAACUUGGUUCAUUUGUGCGGAAAGAACGUGUUGAUCAAGAGUCAUUUAUGUUGGAUAUGGGUUUCACCCAGCCUUAACAGGCUUUCCUGCAGGCGCAUUAUCGAAACAGUCAACCCAAAAACCCAAGAAGGCAAACCGGCUAAAUCCUACUUGUCGGGCCGAUCAAGCUCCUAGAAGGCCCAAUUAAGACGGACAGCCCAAUAAAUGACGGCCCGGAUAAGAACGAUCGCCGACUUUACUUGAGGACAAUCCCACAUCGAUCCCGAGGCAGAGAGGUGAAACGUCCCAUCAGCUAUAAAUACCAGGGGAUCAGCUUGCAGAGAAGGGCAAGUAACAUCGGGCAAGAGUCAGGAGUAAAUCCGAUUCUAAGCUAUAGUUCAGUUAGUCAUUUUGAGAAGCACAAUUCUCUGUAAUUAGCCACCCGGCUUAUAACGGUUAUAUUGUAAUUCGACGAUCUUUGACUAUCUUAAUAAAAGUCCUUUGUUUCACC